UGUAGAUUUUCCUUCUUCUAGCUGUACUGACUGACCUUUGACCUCAUGUGUUGAUGACUCUUCACCUCUGUCUCCUCUCACAGGGAGAAGAUGAUCUGCAGGAUCCUGCUGCUCAUCAUCCUCACCUCAUGUGUCUCUGGAUCAUUUGUAGUCAAUGUGACACAGACCUCCUAUCAGGCAGAGGAGAACCACAACAUCACACUGGAGUGGACGUUCACCACCAAACCUGACAGAUCCUCAGAAACUCUCAACAUCCUCUGUGAACUUUUUAUCAGUCGUAAAUCCUCAGUCCUGUAUCAGGUUCAUGAAGGUGUUGAGGUGUCAGAGUCUCAGGAUGCAAAGUUUUCAGGACGAGUCCAGAGUGACAAAGACGCCCUCAGAGAAGGACGAAUCAGACUUCAACUGUCCAGACUCAGGACUGAUGACUCGGGUCUGUACCUGUGUGAGGUCAACACUGAUUAUGGCUUCGGCUCUGCCAGCUGUCGACUCAAUGUCACUGCAGCUGAUCAGCUCCAACCUGAGAGACCGACAACAGCAGAAAAUGGAGGCAUGACUGGUUUCUAUAGUUUAAUGGGAGUGUUGGCAGCUCUGCUGGGAUUGCUUGUAAUAUUUUUAGUUGUUUUCAGAAAUAAAGCCAGGAGACAAAACCCUGUAGCAGAAAUAUGCUGAGCUUUUUAUGGUAACAAACCAUCAGUACUGACAGGAACAACUAUCAGAAAGACUCAUCACGAAACAUGAAGCUACAGCCACAAAGCUACUCUGCUGUAAACUCAUUAACACCAGAUGACAGUGUUGGAUUACAUUCAUCCAUGUGAUGUUUUAACAGCUGUAGAGUUAAGAGUUGGUUUAACACAGAGAGGAGUGAACUAGUUUCAGCAGAUUGUUUUAUAAACCCACAUAAUCUGUAAUAUU